AUGCUAAUUUCUAACGAAUACUUUAAAGAAAAUGAAAGUUGGACCUUGAUUGGUUACUUGAGAUAUAGAGUGAAUCGUGAAGACUUCUUGGCUAACAGAAAUAAUGAACAUUUAUCCUAUCGUAAGAACCUUGAUUACAUCGCUAAUUACUACAAUACAAAACAACGAGCCAAAGCUAAAAAGUGUAUUGAUAAUCUCAAGGCCGAAAAAAAUUCACCAGCUGUUAAUUCUUUCUGGGCAUCAGUUGUGAGAAAAAAGUAUGAGCACAAAAUUGAAAUCUCUAAGAGUGCUUUGUGUGCUGUGAAUAAGGAGUCAAAAAAUAUACGUUCAAAUGUAUCAGAGGAAACAAUGUCAAUUUUAAGAGAAGGAUGCCAGUCAAACUUCACAACUACCACUGAAAGAAAAAAACAAAAGAAAAAUGAUUCGGAGGAGCAAGAGAACAAUUCUAUAGGUGAUGCCGCUGGUAAUAAUUUAGAUGAUGAUGGUAUUAACAUUGUGUUAACGGAUUACAAACUUUCUUCUCUUGAUGAUCCAUAUGAUUUAAGCCAUGAUAAUAUACUUGAUCUAUCAAAUGGCUUGUGUGACCAGCAAGAUUUUGAUCUUAAAGAUCUUGAUCCAAUCUUUAAUGCAUUAAACAUAGAGAGUGCUCGUGAAGAAUGGAGUUCACUCAUUAUAAAGAUGUUUUCAAAAUUUCCGCAGUAUAAGGAUGAAAAGUAUCUCAAUUUAAAAUAUGCAUUGGAUGUGAUUCAUGUUUUUUUGCUUGAAUUCGAAAAUGGGAGUCAGUACAUUAAUGAUCGAACAAUCAAUGAAUCCAUGUAUAAUGGAACAUUCAUUGAUCCAAUUCUUGGAGGUGCUAUUAGAAGUAGUAAUGUUUUGAAGGGAGAAAUUUAUUUACAGAGUACAAUAGAACGUAAAAAUAUCAACCAAAAUUUUUUCUUAGAUACCAUGGAUAAUGGACACAAAGCAGAUGGAAUUAUAUAUUGGAAAUCGAGCAAAUUAUAUGAACUGGGUAUUUUGGAAGUUUCAUAUGGGCCAUGGAACAAAAGUGUUGUUAAAGAUUCAUCAGACCUUUAUAAAUUAAAAAGAGAAAUGAAGGAUUGUUUAAAUUAUGUAAUAUGCAAAGAGACCGCUUUGGGUCGUGGAGAUUUUUAUGAAGAUGAUAUCAUGAUAAUUGGAGUCCAUUCUAGUGGAUUUGUAAUUAAUGUUUAUACAAUGAAACUUAUUCACGGAGCCUAUAUUAUUAACUUGUUUGGAACAUUUGAAAUCCCCACAGAGUUUAGUGAAUUUAGUUUUUUAAAACAUGCAUUGGCAGUUUGUUUGGGUAUUCGAGAUUCACUUGUCAAAACUGUCCGUGUUCUUAACAGAAAAGUGAAACCUUUUGCAGAGAGAUCAAAUAAUAACAUGCAAAAAUUGAUGGAUUUUGUCACCAUAACUAAUUCAACACCUGUAUCGCAAUCCAAAAUUAAAAAAUUUCAUUGA